ACCUUUACCCUUACUCUUGUAUCUCCGCCUUCUCUUUCUGCAAGAAACUUUAUUUCCUACUUCUGCACACCAAGUUCCUACCUUCAGAUCUGCUUGGCUCAGUUGCUGAGAAACCUGACACACCAGUGCCACUUGGAAGAAGACAUCUACCGGACAGAGGAAGAUGGGGGACACGGACUCGUUAACCGGGUUCAGCCACAGCAUACUGUCCACAACCCAUUCUCUGCUUGCAACCAAUAUCCGGGUGAACGAGGAUGAAGACCCCACCAGCAGCUUUGACUACGGGGACAGCAGUGCGCCCUGCAAGAAAGAGGACGUGAAACAGAUCGCAGCCCAGCUCCUGCCCCCGCUCUACUCGCUGGUGUUCAUCUUCGGCUUCGUGGGCAACCUUCUGGUCGUCCUCAUCCUGAUAAACUGCAAGAAGCUGAAGAGCAUGACGGACAUCUACCUGCUCAACCUGGCCGUCUCUGACCUGCUCUUCCUCCUCACCUUCCCGGUGUGGAUUCAUUCUGCGGCAGAUUCGUGGGUCUUCGGGAAUGCGAUGUGCAAAGCGUUCACAGGGAUAUAUCACGUCGGCUAUUUUGGAGGAAUCUUCUUCAUCAUCCUCUUGACAAUCGACAGGUACCUAGCGAUCGUCCACGCCGUGUUUGCUUUAAAAGCCAGGACGGUCACCUUCGGUGUGGUGACAAGUGGGGUCACCUGGGUGGUGGCCGUGUUCGCCUCUCUCCCAGGGAUCAUCUUCACCAAAUCUGAAGCUGAUGAGUACGAGGACUCCUGCGCCCCCUAUUUUCCGGAAGAAUGGAAGAACUUCCAUGCCAUAAUGACGACCACCUUGGGCCUGGUCCUGCCGCUGCUCGUCAUGGUGGUCUGCUACUCGGGAAUCCUGAAGACCCUGCUCCGGGUCCGCAACGAGAAGAAGAGGCACAAGGCCGUGAGGCUCAUCUUCGUGAUCAUGAUCGUGUACUUUCUCUUCUGGACUCCCUACAACAUCGUCCUUCUCCUGGACACCUUCCAGGAGUUCUUCGGCCUGAGUACCUGUGAGAGUACCAGCCGGCUGGACCAAGCCAUGCAGGUGACGGAGACCCUGGGGAUGACGCACUGCUGUAUCAACCCCAUCAUCUACGCCUUCGUCGGGGAGAAGUUCAGACGGUACCUCUCUGUGUUUUUCCGAAAGCACGUGGCCAAACACCUGUGCAAACAAUGCCCGGUUUUCUACCGGGAGACAGCGGACCGCGUGAGUUCGACGUACACCCCUUCCACUGGGGAGCAGGAAGUCUCGGUCGGUUUGUAAAGGGACACAGCCGCCUAGACAUGAUCAUAAGCCUCGAGGGUUUGCUGAAGUACACAGGCCUGCGAGUCUCUCAGGCGAGUGCCCAGGAGCCUCAGGGUUGCGUGUACCGAGACAGACUUGUGUCACUCCUGGUACAGUCCAUGUGUACUCGAGAAAUAUGCCAGAACGGCUGUGGGAGAGACUUUGACUCUGUCACCAGCUCGUCUCAGUUCCCGGAAAAUGCCACAUCAUCUAUGCUUCUGCCCUCUCUCCCGUCUUCACCAUUUCUCCGCUUGCUCUCGGAUUCUAUCAGUCUCUUUAAUCAAGCGCCCAGGGAGACAGCUGUGGGGGAAGGAGAGGAGGGGGAGGGGGUCAGCCACAUGUGGCGAGGACAGAGCGGGAGCACAGCGAAGCCGGGACUGGAUGAAGGUAAAGGGUUUGCUCGUUCAGCUGUGCGAGUACUGGCCCUGAGCCCCCUCCCCCCCCCCCCGUUUGACUUCGAAGGCACCCCCAGGUCCUGGAGAACGUGGGGACUGGAAUCAUGUUCUGACAGCUUUGCUUGAGCGCGGUGACCCUCAUCUGCGUGAGUGCAGGACCCAUUUUUAUUCAUUCUGGUUUAUCCAGCCACACACCUGACCUGUGAAAUCUGUUAAAUACCCACGUUUCUUAGGCCACAGUCCCCUAUAGAACCAAAAUGUAUACAGAUGUUUGUUUAUAAAAUAUGCAUGAGAUGAAAUGAGAUGAAAAAGAAAGCGCUUUGUUUGGUCUUUCGAGGGAAAGGGCAGUGAUUAGGAGAAAGGGUGGGGAUAAAUGAAUUCCCCAUCAGGGGCGCAGGGCUAUAGCCAGAGUGAGACCACCCCAGGAAUGGUUCCAGAAUCAGCUGAGAGAGAGGCCGGGAAGCACACCCCAGAACCUCCGAAGGCUUGUGUCUCGGAUCUGACGGCCCGGCCUGCUGUCCUUCCAGGCCUCCCGCUGCCCCUGCCCUGUCCGUCUCCCCAGAGCCGUUACACUAACUCCUGCCUGUGGGUGAACAGCUUCAAAGUCCAGUUUGCGGAGGCCCCAGAGAUUGAACUUGGGGAGAACAAUGAAGACGGGUUUGGAAGGGUGGGAUAAACAUGUCCUCCAAACGACCUUCCAAGGGCUUCAUUUUUGGAC